AUGCCUUCCCUGCUCUCAACCCCCAAGCUGGUUCCCGUUAUAGCAAGACUCCGCUGCCUCUCAGGAUGCAUGCCAUGUUUACAUCGAAGGUACUCCCUCCAGUCUGUGCCGAAGAAAAAGAUUCCAAAUCGGUACUUAGGCCAGCCCAGCCCAGUUACACAUCCACACCUCCUCAGACCAGGGGAGGUGACACCAGGACUAUCUCAAGUGGAAUAUGCACUUCGAAGACACAAAUUGAUGGAUCUGAUCCACAAGGAAGCACAGGGGCACAGUGGAGCAGACCACACAGUGGUGGUACUCUCUAACCCUACAUACUACAUGAGCAAUGACAUCCCCUACACGUUCCACCAAGGCAACAAUUUCCUGUAUCUCUGUGGAUUCCAAGAGCCUGAUAGCAUUCUGGUCCUUCAGAGCUGCUCUGGGAAGCAGUUACCAUCCCAUAAGGCCAUGCUUUUUGUGCCUCGAAGAGACCCUGGCCGAGAACUGUGGGAUGGUCCUCGGUCUGGCACGGAUGGAGCAAUAGCCCUAACUGGGGUGGAUGAAGCCUACACUCUGGAAGAAUUUCAGCACCUACUACCUAAACUGAAAGCUGAGACGAGCAUGGUUUGGUAUGACUGGAUGAAGCCUUCUCAUGCACAGCUUCACUCUGACUACAGGCACCAUCUGACUGAAGCCAAAGCCAGGAGCAAGAACAAGGUUCGGAGUGUCCAGCAGCUGAUACAGCGCCUCCGGCUAGUUAAAUCUCCUGCAGAGAUUAAGAGAAUGCAGAUUGCUGGGAAACUGACGUCAGAGGCUUUUGUAGAGACCAUGUUUGCCAGUAAAGCGCCAAUAGAUGAAGCCUUUCUUUAUGCAAAGUUUGAAUUUGAAUGCCGGGCCCGAGGUGCAAACAUCUUAGCCUACCCGCCUGUGGUUGUAGGCAGUAACCGCUCCAACACUUUGCACUAUGUGAAGAAUAAUCAGCUCAUCAAGGAUGGUGAAAUGGUGCUUCUUGAUGGAGGUUGUGAAUCUUCCUGCUAUGUGAGUGACAUCACCCGGACAUGGCCUGUCAAUGGCAGAUUCACCGCACCUCAAGCAGAGCUCUAUGAAGCUGUUCUAGAGAUCCAGAGAGCAUGUUUGACACUGUGCUCCCCUGGGACAAGUUUGGAGAACAUCUACAGCAUGACGAUGACCCUGAUGGGACAGAAGCUUAAAGAUCUGGGGUUCAUGAAGAGCAGCAAAGAAAAUGCCUUCAAGGUAGCUCCUUCCUCCUCACCCAGCAUGCUGCUCCAUUUUAAUAAAGCUAAAUAG